GGAAAUCUUAGGUAGGAAGCAGAGGAUUUCCCACCAAAUGGGUAUAAAAGCCGGUCGCAACGACCAUAAGCCGAACACUCUUGAGGUUUCAAGACAUUGGCAAUGUUCCUCCACUCAACAUCCACCAGCUAUUUUUUGCUCCAAAUGGUCGCGAUUCUGGGGGCCACACUCAACUCGAUCUCUGCCCAACCAUUUUCGGAACACGACCAGGGAAUCCACCAUCUCAUCGAGCUUCUCAAUCAGCGCCUAGAGAGCCAACCUCCAGUGUUGCCAAUUGAGUCUCACUUCGAAGGCCCAGGCACGUCGGGUGCUGCGGACUCGUGGUGGUGGUCCACCCUCGGGGGCAAGCCUGAAGGGGUCAAGAAGGCUGGGACGGGGGGCGCCUCGACCCUUCGGAUCAUGAAGAAAAGCCAGGCAUUGCCACCCAUGAACUACCCAACAUCAUCCUUGUCAUCCUAUCCAAACUACGAAUCCAUUCGGAUCAUGAAGAAGAACAACAAUAACCACUACAACCCAAGGGUUUCUCGAGACGGUAAAACCAUAUCCAGACCUUACUAUGAUAGUCUUCGAGUCAUGAAACGCGAACCCACUUUGAUAUCCUCUUUGGACGUGCCCGAAUCACUUCGAAUCAUGAAGAAGGAUAAUGGCCCUUAUGGAAACUUGCACGACAGCCUUCGGAUCAUGAAGAAGAAUGUGGAAACCAUGGAGAACAUGUACGAUGAAUCCCCGGCCCGAUUGAGCAACUUUCGCGGCCAGACCUUCUUCAAUCGUCCCGAGGUCCGAUCCGGAAGUUGGAACACCGACUUGAGGAUCCUCUAAUGACACCACAAUAUACGACGAACUUGUACUUGUGUAUAUAUGUGUAUACUAUAUAGUAGUAUUUCAUCCCACCCUGGCCUUUUGUUAAUGGCGUCUUGAGCUGAUCUGGGGAGGAUCCAGCUCAGCACCAUUGAGAGAAAGAGCGUUGUUGCGGCAAUAUGCAAUUAUAUAUAUAUAUAUAUAUGUGUUCAUGUGUAUGUAUCUACAUAACUUUGGAUGAUAUGUAGGCAAUAUUGGUGAAGCUCUGAGUGGAAGCCGAUCAUCGAUCCAUGAUCGAGUUCUGCCUCCAAAUUGUUUUGGAAAAAAACCUUGUUCCACUUGUCGUGAACCUGAAUGUGUGUUCUGAUCCUUUGUCACUUGAGGACCAAAAGAAGCUCUUGAAACCCUUGUGAUAUCAAGCUUAUUUCUCAACCCACAUGACUAUUUGUGUACAUAACGUCGAUGAACUGAUGACUGGAAACGCCACCUGGCUCUACUACAUUGCUCAGCCUCGGAUUAGAGUUGAGGUCUGGUAAUGCAAGUGACUAGGAGAUCAUUACACCUAUAAAACAUUUAGGACGAUAUGUGAAGAGUUAAUAAAAGUGGCAAGUGUGUUCU